UUGUAAAUGUAAAUAUGGCACCCUCGGCGCUUGCGAUAGCGACAUCGUCGCUAAAUCGUCUGGUGAAGGAAGAGAAGAGCUACCACGCCGAGUUGGAGCAGCAAAAAGCCCGGAUCACCAAGCUGGAGCAAAGUGGCAGCGGGGACGAGAAUGCCGAGUUCACUUUGAGGCAAGAACGAAGAGCUCUUGAGGAGACGAAAGCCAUCUUCCCGAAGCUGCGGGAGAAGAUCCAAGAGGCUCAUGACAGGCUUGAGCAUGUAAUCGAGCAAGACAAGGGCCCAGGCGAUCAAAGCACGCCCGAGGACAUUACCAAGGCCAAAGAAGCCAUUGCCGCCGCCAAGACCGCACUGAGGGAGACGGCGUGAUCAAGCAGUUGCUCUGUAUCCGUAGGUGUUUCGCCUGGCAUCGGAAGGCAUGAGCGUCU